CUCUGGAUCAGCUGUGACUUGUGCCCAGCGUUUGUGAUAAGAAACUGUUACCACUAAAUUUUUUGUGGAAGCGCUCGUCGUUCGUUGUUCGCUGCUUCGUGCUCGGCACUCAACACUUUGCACUUUGCCUCGACGCACAGCAACGGAUAUUUUUGAGGUUUGCCACACUUAUGUUUUGAACAAUAAAAUCAACGGUAUGUGAUUGUUUUGAUUCAGUUCAAACGAGUUUCUAGCGGUGCUUAGUCGCAUGCAGUAGCAGUUCUUUAACUGUGGCUAAUGCACAAAAUUCAAUUCAAAAUACCCUGUACGGUACAGUGAUUAGUCAUAUAAAUCCAAUAACAGAUUAAUUAAAUUUGCGAAAAUUAAGAAGACUGUGCGUGGAAAUUGGUAGAAUAACAUAAGUAUAUGUGUGUGUAAGAUUCCUUAGAGCUACUCAAGAUAGCUAAAAAUAUUACAUUAAAAUAUAAAAAUUAAUCAAGCUCGUUAAUGAAUUAAUAUUGAGUUCUCUAAACUAAAAACAAGUGAGCAAUUGAGUAACGAAACUGUAAAUUAAAAAAUUCUCGCUUUUGAGUGGCUAAAGAAUGUCUUCUCAAAUAUUUAACGGAUUGAAAAUUUAGGAAAACGUUUACUUGUGGAUUACGGCAAUUUUCUAGUGGCAUACUAAGCAAAUCACUACGCAAUAUUUAAUUUGUUUUGCAACGAAAGCUUAUCUCCAUGCAAAGGCUACACUAAUUUGAGGUGGUUUAAAAGCAUCUAACUUUAUUAUAUUAUAUUUCAAUGGAUGUACCAAGAAGAGAGAAAGUAAAACUAGCUUACCUAGAGCAACAGCACUGAAGGAGUGUUAAACUUUACGCCUAAAAUGGCCGAAACAAUGAGCACUGAGAUCCAAAGCGCACCGAAAUAAGCAGACAGUUGAAGCUAAGAACUAUUAAACUUUUAAACAUUUGACCAUAGGCUAUCAUAAAAGAGCACAGCAUAUGGUCAAGUUUUAAAAAAAUAUGAAUGCACAAUCCAACCAGAAACACAACACUAAAACUGCAAGCCUUGUAACAGAAACUAUAGCCGCCGUUAUGGCACCCAUUUUGGACACGAGUAAUGCGUCUUAUGUGGCUACAACUUACAACGUGGACGCCGCAGCAACAACAGCGAUAGCACUACCCUAUUGGAGUAGUGAUGGUGGCGAUGAGGGCGGUGGCAUUGGCAGCGCUGCAGCUGUUAGUGGUAGCUAUAGUGCACUCAGUUCGACAGUGGGCAGUACUCACGCCUAUAAUGACACACUGGCGGUGGAUUACAAUUCGAGCGUUUAUUAUGAGUAUCCGCCACCAUGUUUGUCCUUCGACGAGGCGGCAAAUGCAUCAUAUUGGAAUGUGACCUGCGAUAAUGCGUUGGAAUAUGGACUACCUUUGUAUGGUUAUUGUAUGCCCUUUCUACUGAUCAUAACAGUAGCGGCGAAUUCGUUGAUUGUGCUGGUGCUAAGUAAGAAACACUUGGCCACACCUACAAAUUUAGUUUUAAGGGCUAUGGCGAUAUGUGAUAUGCUGACAGUGAUAUUUCCGGCGCCGGGCCUCUGGUAUAUGUACACAUUCGGCAAUCAUUACAAGCCGUUGCAUCCGGUAUCAAUGUGUCUGGCUUAUUCUAUAUUUAACGAGCUUAUGCCCGCUGUUUGUCACACGGCGUCCAUUUGGCUGACCUUGGCACUGGCUAUUCAAAGGUACAUCUACGUGUGUCACGCUCCCAUGGCACGUACAUGGUGCACCAUGCCACGGGUCAGACGAUCAACAAUCUACAUCGCCAUCGCCGCUUUCUUGCAUCAGCUGACCCGGUUUUUCGAUCGCACCUACUUCCCGAUCACAAUCGAGUGGAACGGCCAGCAAACUGAGGUGUGCCAUGUGGAAACCUCCGCAUGGGUAUUCAAUUACAUCGGGGAAGACCUCUACUUUUCCAUAUACUUUCUAUUUCGAGUAGUGUUUGUGCAUGUGGUACCGUGCAUCUUACUCGUCACGCUGAAUGUGCUGCUCUGGCAAGCAAUGGAAGAAGCUAAGGAACGACGCAAAGCGCUCUUCCGCGAUAAUAAGAAAGUAGAGAGCCGCAAGGUGCGCGACAGCAAUUGCACCACAUACAUGUUGAUUACGGUCGUCUCGGUCUUUUUAGCUGUUGAGAUACCCAUAGCCGUGGUGACGGUACUGCACAUCUUCUCCUCGUUAAUGGGCGAAUUUCUAAAUUAUCGCAUGGCCAAUAUAUCCAUUAUGUUUACGAACUUCUUUCUUGUAGUCAGUUAUCCGAUCAACUUCGGCAUUUACUGCGGCAUGUCGCGCCAAUUUCGUGAAACCUUCAAGCAUAUAUUUUUCGAACGUUUUCUCACUAAAAAGGAUGCUUCAUCGAAAUAUUCCAUUGUCAAUGGACCACGCACCUGCACCAGCACUAAUGAGACUGUGCUCUAGUAAAUGGUGAUGUGGGUACCGUUUCGCAGCGCUGCUGCUGGCGGCGCGAAAAAAUGGCGAAAUGGUGCAAUGGCCACUGAUGUGGCGAAUAAAACGCGACGGCGUAGUGAAUACAAAACGAAUAUUGAUAUUAUAGCCGAAGAGUCGGUUGUGGUUGUGGUGGCCGCACAAGAGGUGGCUAGGAAUGAGGUUAGAGUGCUAAAUGAGGAAGGUGAGCGCGCGAAAGUUUCGGUUUAAGUACACAUACGAGUAAUUAGUGGCGGAAAUACGUAGGUAUUUAAAGUAUAUUUUUACACAGCAUAUUUGAAAUAUAAAUAUAAGAUUAUUCAAAAGCAUAAAAAUUGUGAAAAAAUAAAAAUAUUUGUACAUACUACAGGCAUAUAUUAAGUAAAUGCUUAGCUCGAAAUUAGUUAAUCGAUGUCUAUUAAGCACCUUUUAUUAUACGUUUUGUCAUUGUUAUUAUGUAUAUGUGAAAUACCUUAGAAUAUUUAAGCUACCAACUCAAAUGUAUAUAUAUCACUUGUCACACGCAACAGACCUUUUGUUAUCUGAAGGCUUAAUUUAAUGGAUAGCCUUAAACCACAUGCAGCACAAUUACAGCUACUUGUGUAUAUAGUGACAUGAGCACAUUUCUUUAAAAAUAUAUUUAAGCUUGCAGUAAACUGUUCAUAGUAAUUGCGACUAAGUAAGCCUUUGCUAGGAUAAAUAGAAAUAAUAAUUUGUGGAAAUAAACAUAUAAAUCUGAUGGCUUACACACUAGACGACUUAAAACCAAGUGUCGACGUAAGCGCGGGUUUACUCUUAGAAUAUUUUGUUCGUAUUUAACACUUAUGUAAGAUUGUUCAAAUACUAACUUUAAUGGAACCUAUUUAAAAAUGAAAUUAUACGAUUUUAUAGUUAAGAAAAAAAAAAAAUGCACUUGAAAUUAUAGUGUGAAAGUGUAGAAAGAAAAUUAACAAAUACUCAUUUAAAUUUGUAAACCUGCUGAGCCCCUACGUUUACCGAUUUAAAUGAUUAGCGAUGAGCAUGUGCAACCGUGUGUACUUACGUGCCUAAGCAUGUAGUUGAGUGUGUCUGUAUAACCGUUAAGAGAUGAUAGCUACGUUUUAAAUAUAACAAUUGUGUUUACAUACACACAUACAUAGAUAUAUAUUUAACCAAAAUAUAGUAAUAUGAGUUGAAAUCUUAACAAUUAAGGAUUUGUAUGUAUAUGUUAUGAACAAGGCUGUAAGUAAAUGCUAAAUAUACUUUUUAACGAAAUCAAAAAAUAAACAAAGAAUCUUAAAAUUUAGUAUUUCUGCAAUUUCAAUUAUUGUAAAUACUUAUUUUAGCUAUAUAAAUGCUAACCCAUAAGAAAAAACACACGGGAUGUAAGAAGAAUUUGUGGAGGUGGCAUGCAACUCUGGCAUAAUCUUUAAUAGUGUUUGAUAAAAAUAAGAGCUGGCGAGAUAUUGAAUGCGAUUGUCAUGGAAUGGAAUGGAAUAUUUACGAAUACUUUUAAGCUGCGAUAAGUCUAAAUAUAGAAACCAAACUAAAUAUUGUAAAUGUUGCGCAGAAUUGCGAAAUAAAAUUUCAAACUGGUGUGAAUUACGAUCUA